AUGUUACGCUUACUGAAUAGACAGAUUAUACGUCAGGGGAUUAAUGCUGUAACUAAUGGUUCACGAAUUCAUUCCACCAGGAAUUAUUUUUUGGGGUCCAGGUAUCCGCUGUCAUCAGUGUUUAGAAAUAUUGACAGGCAGCUGCAGGAAAUUGAGCAACAGUUUGAUCGAGUGUUUUGGAAUUCACGCGAAUGGUUUAAUAAUUUUCGACCUAUAGGAGUUCGCGAACAUCCUUCGCAAAUAGAAGCAUAUCGCGUUCUAAAUCCAAUCGUGGAAGAAGAUGGCGUGAAAAAAUUCUUGUUGGAACUGGACGUUCGUAGAUUUAAACCGGAAGAGGUUAUUGUCAAGACUAAUGCGAAAGAAAAUACACUGACAGUUCAAGCGAAACACAAAGAUGACGAGACAAAUUUUGAAUAUUUGCGUAAAGUUACUCUGCCACAAGGAGUGGUUAGUAAAGAUAUGACAUGCCAUUUUACAUCGGAUGGGAUUUUGCAAAUCAAAGCACCAUAUAAUGCGCCACAAGAAGCCAUUGCCGUCGAUACAGAAAUUCCCGUAAAGCAUGAAUGA